AUGGCAGGCGGCAGCGGCCGGCGCGGCGCGCGACGGGGCGCGCGCGGGGCCCCGCGCUACGCGGGGGUGCUCGUGGGGUGCCUGCGCUGCGCGCCCGUCGGGGCGGUCGGGGAGAGCUUCCUCGGGGACACGGACGCCCCCCAGAGCGACCUGCUCCCGACCGGGGCGCUGUACGGCGCGUGCGGCCUCGGCGAGGCGGAGCAGCGCCGCUGCUGCGACCCGGGCCGCGGCCCCCGCGGCGACGCGAGUUGCUGGAGGGGCGUCUUCCAGUUCAGCACCUGCUGCGUGCCCCCGCCGGCGCUCCACGGCCCGGUGCUGGGAGCAGAGGAGGAGUGCGAGAAGCACUGGGAGGAAGGGGCUGGCCUCGUGUGGCCCGAGCUCUAUAGGCUGCACAGCGACGUGCUCGCGGACAAGCUCGGCACCACGAUCAGCGAGGAUGCGCCGCAUGCCUUCCGGGUCGCUGCGCUGCAGUACCUGUGCUGCGGGCAGCUCCUCGUGGAGGACGCCCAGAGGAUAAUAUGCUGGGAUGACCUGGAGGCGCUCUGGCCGAACGCCUCGCAGAACCGGGUCACGGAGCACCUCGACGCGGAGGAGGCUCUGCUUGACGUGCUCUUCUCGCGCCAGGCGGUGCGCUGCUGCCGCGGGGAGCUCGCGCGCCGGCUGGCGGGCCCCGGCGACAGGCGGCUGCAGCGAGGCAUCGAGGACCACCUGCGCACGGCGCUCCGGCCCGAGCCCUCCCUGCAGCGGGCGGCGGCGGGCCUCUCCAUCGACGCUGUGGUCGCGCUCCUGCGGCCGAGCGAGCUGCUGGCGGGGCUGGGCGCGGGCAAGUGCUGCUGCCGGCUGCGGGUGCGAGCCGGCCGCCUCCUGCCCUUCGAGUGCCCCACGAAGCGGCACGGCGCGACGCGGGGCAGGGCCGUAGAGACGCUGGCCGCGAUGAUGACGCUCUCCUACUACAAGGCCCUGCUCACGGUGGAGACCCUCGGCUUCCAGCUACCCGACCUGGAGGUCAUGCUGAGUUGGCACGAUUUUCUCCUGGACAGCCUGGGGGUCCCCGUGCUGUCACAGGCCGCCAACUUCCACACCAAGAAUGCCCUCCUCAUGCCGGACCACAAGACGGUGGGCGGCCGCGUGGCGUGGGAGCGGCAGGCCCGCUACUCGCUGGAGGCCGCGGCCUCCCCGUGGGAGCUGAAGCAGCCGGUCCUCUUCUGGCGCGGUGCCGACUCCGCGCCCCAGCAGCCCUACUGCGCAGCGUGGCUUCAAGCGAACAGCCCCUCUCUGUCUCCGCACCCUUUCAGCCACGCCGACCUGCAGGGGCUGCCCUCGUGCGGCGCCGCGAAGGGCGAUCCAGGGUUCGGCAGGCAGCGGGCCGUGAGGAUCAGCCACCCGCUCGUGGACGCCAAGUUCACGAGGUCGCACGCUGGGGCGGACCCGGAGACCCUGGCCCGCUUCGCCACGCUCUACGAGCAGGCGAGCAAGAAGUGGCUGCUGUCGCUGGACGGCUGGGCGAACGACUUCCGCCCGUCGUGGCUGCCGCACGCGGGCUCCCUGCUCGUGCGCCAGCGCUCGCCGGUGCGGGACUGGCUGGACGUGAGCGGCUUCCAGUCCGGGGCCCACUUCGCGAGCGUGGCGGCCAACCUCUCGGACGUCGCCGAGGUCCUGGAGUGGCUGAGCCUCAACGACGCGCGGGCGCGCGCUGUGGCUGCCGAGGGCCGCAGGUUCGUCGAGCGCCGCGCGUCUCCGGACGGGGCGGUGGAGUACCUCUACCGCCUGCUGGUGGCGUACGCCCGCAGGAUGGCCGAGGAGCCCUGA